AAACUUCCUUUACGAUCUAAUCAUUUUUUUUUAAAUAUCAUGUCAUUUAUAUUUCUUUAUUUCUUACCGGUGAGUGUCAAUAUCUGAUAAAAUAUAAACAGAAGCUUGAAUUAGGUAUUCAGAAAAACUUUCAUAGCCGAAACCAGUCGUUUGCAUCUUAGGUUUAUCCCAAAACAAUUUAUCUAGCAUUCGCUACUCUUAAGCCGAACCAGUAUUCUAAGAGAAUUCUUCAUUUAACGCAGUUUAUUCUAUGUAGGGAAAAAGUGGGCCGGACAAGCGCUCCGAAGACUCGAGAAAUCAGCUCGAGGGUUUACGAUCCGGGCUGGGGUAAGGCUGAUGCGCGGUGGAAGGCCGGAUUCAAUGAACGGUGAAAUCGCUCGGGGUUUUUCUACAGAGGGUUUGUUCGUAUUCUUUCAGAAUGUGGAAGUGAUUCCAAAGUGAAAGAAGUGAGAGAAAAAAAAGUUCCAUUGAAUUGCAGUGAUCAUAAAAAUAUUUGGUGCGUGUAUUUACCUAUAUAAUGGAUUACCUCCACAUGCUGAAUCAGACUGCCACAGCGGAGACAGGGAUGUAGGAAGACUAGGACACCCCCACCUCCGGCAACCUUCUAUCCCUACACCAAGAAAUGUAACACUCAGUUGCAACAUGGAAAAGGAAAACUUACAAUUUUCAUGACAUUUUUGGAUUAUAUCAUAACUUAGUGCUUGAAGCAUGCGACCUGUCAGAAACACAGCCAUUUCUUUGCUCUUGGUGGUUGUCCUGUUUUGCUAUAGGAUAGCAGCGGUCCGCUGGCUAUCCCUGUACCAGAGCAAGCAGAAGGCCUGGACGGACGAUAAGAAUUGUUCCAAAUCUCUAGGAAUGGUUGGAAAGCAGAGCAAACAGUGUAAACAAAAUCUAGACCUUAUGGGGACAGUGUCACAUGCGGCAUAUGUAGCCAUGGAUACAUGUCAAGGACAAUUUGCAGACAGAAGAUGGAACUGUUCGUCCAUUCGAAGGACGCCAAAGCUAUCACGUGAUCUUACAAGAGGUACUCGAGAGCAAGCGUAUGUGUAUGCGAUCUCAUCAGCCUCUCUCGUGCAUUCCAUCGCACGUGCGUGUAGCGUAGGAGUGACAACAAAAUGCAGCUGUGGAGCUCUCCCCAAUCAUCCACCCCACGAGGACUUCAAGUGGGGAGGAUGCGGGGACGAUUUAAAAUACGGACUGUACUUUAGUGAACAAUUCACUGAUGCGGAAUUAAUGAAAAAAGGAAAAAUAAGGAAAUCAAAAAAGUCUCAGAUGAAUAGUCAUAAUAAUGCUGUUGGUCGCUUGAUGGUUGCUAAGAGCAUGACAACAGCUUGUAAGUGUCACGGUGUGUCGGGAUCGUGCUCCGUCAAAACUUGUUGGAGGUCACUUCCGGACUUUUCUGUGAUUGGGACAACCUUAAAAAAUUUAUACGCCAAUGCAGUGGAGGUGCAGAGAAAAAAGCGCAAAAACAAGCGUUUAUUUGUCCCAUUGAGGUCAAAUGUACAGAGUGUGUCAAAAGAAUCUCUUAUUUAUUUUACAAAAUCUCCGGAUUACUGCAGUCCGGAUCCCAAAACAGGUUCCGUGGGAACCCAGGAAAGGUUCUGUAGCAGCGAGAGUUCCGGUUGGGGCGGAUGUGAUGCAAUGUGUUGUGGGCGGGGCUACAGAAGCUUCACGAAAAAAAUUGUGGAACGAUGUGAAUGCAAAUAUUACUGGUGUUGUUAUGUGAAAUGUAAAACAUGCGAAAAAACGCUCCAUUUAAAUGUCUGUAGGUAGUUUAUACUCAUUGAACUACUGAAAAAGCCAUUUUCAGGACUAAGUGAAAGUUGCAUCUCUCUGCGUAUAGAGACCCUGCAUUUCUAAAGACUUUUCUUUUUGUCCGUGUUGGAAAGAAAGAUGGCAAAAGCAGGUCAUCAAGAUGAUACUGUGGACUGAAGGUCUACAUAGUUUUGCAAUGCUAGUGACAUUGAUAAUACAUGGCCAAUUUAAUGUCAUAACAUUGGCAUUCGAUGCAAGAUUUCCACUACUAGUAAUCAAAACGGAUGGGAAAAAAACUAGUAGCGGCCUGCUCUAGCGCACAGUCUAGCAAGACGAACAAUUAAAUGCUGCCAAUUUUCUGCAAGAUGAAAUCCAUCUUAAAAGUAUAAACAUUUGUAUGUAUGUAUAUAUUUAUAUAUGAUUAUUGAUAUGCAAUUUUCCAUAAUGUACCUAUUGUUGAAAUGAUAUUGUAAAUACGAAAUUAUAUUUAUAUAAAACUGUAUAAAGUUGACACUUGUUAAUAGGUAGUUUUCUCAAGUAGUGGUAUAUUUUAUGAAUAGAAUUAAAGUACUGUGUAGCUAGACUAACAGACGUGUAUUUUAAAUCUGACUG